ACACAAGAACUUUUGAGUGAAAUUUCUCUAGACCGAGAAUUCUCGGCCUUGCAUAAAACACAUGAAAAUCGUAAAAAUUUGCCAAUAAAUUUAAGAGGAUAUUAUGUACAUAGACUUCUUGUAAAUGCCGUAGCAAUGUGGGCUUCACCUCGUUAUGCUUGGUAUAUUUACAGACUUCUUGACGAACUUCACAGACAAGAACGUGAAGAGAUGGAAAAGAAACUUCAUGCAAAAGAUGAAGUCAUUGAAGCAAAAGACAAAAGCAUUCAGAAAAGAAUACCACGUUCGGUACCAAAAGGAAAGGAAAAGAACUAUAAGUAUAUGAUUUAUACUGAAGAGAUGGAAAAUGAAGAAGAUAAAGAUAUGGUUAUGUUGCAUUUAGUCAGAAGAAACAACAAAAGCUUUUACGACCUUGCUAAGAUUUACAAAUCUGACAGAAAUUGGUUCUAUCGCGAAAACUUACCGAUUUCAAUGACCCCAAAUGAAGAUGUGAAACAAAUAGUUCAAGAUACGUUACCUCAAACACACUAUGAUAUGAAAGGUUGUACAAUACUUACCUUCAAAGAAGAUUUGCCAUUGUUAAAGGAAAAAAUAACAGAGUAUUUUGACAACUUCAAACAAGUAGAGUAA